CUGGACUGCUCCCGCCAGCCUGGGCCCCUUCCCCUCUGGGUCUAAUCCCCGAAUUUCGAACAGCCAAGAGCCCACUUCCCCAGCCAGAACUUUCGGCGACGUCUGCCAGGUGCUUCCUUUACCGGGGAGAUGAACUUUACUGCUGGCCUCACUUUAAAGGCGGCUUCCACGCGUCAGAACUUUGGGCAAGUUUACACUUAGCCGCCUCGGACGGGAGAGCUCCCACAACACGCGAGCACAUUUGCAGGGGCCUCUCAGCCACAUCCUCAGCGGCGUGGCUGGGGGGUGCGGGCCGUCCACCCCAACCUGUGUAGACCUACGCACAUCCAGCUCUCUCUGCAGUUGGAGAGAAAAUGACUUCUGAGUGUCCAGCACCAGUUGGGUGACUUUGGCCUGCUCUCCUCUCCAGGAGCCCGUUUCCAUCUAUAAAACCCGAGUGUAAGACCCACCCUGCUUGAGUCUCAGUGCUGUGUUUGGUUCCAACUCAGAUUUUGGAUGGUACUGUAUAGCGUUCUGCGUUCCAGUAAAGCCCUGUACAAACUCAAGGGAGUAAUAAUAAUGAGAUUAAUAAUUGUUUAUGGAAGCACCAUUUACAAUGCUUCCAGGUUCCCAAAGCAAAAAUAGGGUUCACUAUUGUAGAUGAAUGUUUGCUGAAAAAAGCAUUAAAUGCGCCCGUCGAGAUUUGAUGGGGGAGGUCUGAAGCUGCGGAUCAGAAAAUAAAAUAUACCCACUUCUCAACUGGGGAACCAGAGCGAAGCGGUCGCAACUGCCAAUGCAGGGCGGCCUUGAGUUAGGUGAGGGCUCGAUCUAACGAAGAAGAAGGUGACGGGGAGGCGAAGGGACCACAAAAAGACCUCGGGUGUGUGGAAGCUCACAAUGGGUAGUGAGGAGUGAUGGCCAGUUUGCCACCUUUCUCUGACUGGGGCAGGCACCCCACAAGCAUUUCUGAUUAUUUGAUGCUUAAAUCUAGAGUCUUACAUGUCUGCCUUGCUGACUCCUUGUGCAACCUGGGGAGUUGUUUUUAAGGCCGAUGGAGUAGAGUGAAUGUCCUCCCAGCUGUCCCUCAGGGGUCCAGCAGGUUUCUCUAGGGACCUGGAGGCUGUCGGAAGGUACUGCGGGUGCCGCUGCUACGGUCACAGCCGAGGAAGGUACGUAGUUGUGCCUUCGAAGGCUCGCGCUGCCGCUCUGAUAGCCAGUUCCAAACGUCAGCUGGAGAGACUUCCCGGGAAAAGGUACUGUCUUUGGGGCCGCGGGCUCCGAGUUAAUCGCCAAGCUUUGGGCCCCAGUGGCCAGAGGAGAGGAGAAGAGCGCCUUUUGGAGCGUAGCCGUCGGAGCCGGGACGCCUCUGCCCCAGCAGCCCCAUUGAGUGACUCGCGGGCGUCAGCCCGUUCUGCGCGCAGACUCGGGUGCGCAGAGACGCGCACCCAUUCUUGCUCCCGGGGACAGGAUCAUUCUUCAGUUUCUCAGGGCCAAAGGCCAAGGCCACGCGGAUUCCUGAGCCCGCUGACGCAGUGCAAGGACUUACACCCCGAUUCCCUUACUAUCGACUAGACGGUGUGUGGGGAACCCAAAUCCUCCUCUCCGUUGCGGCGCCCGUAGCAGGCAUUGGGGAAAAUGCUGAGGCCGCCGGACCCCAAAGGGUAGGAAAGUGCAUCCGGCGCCGGAUUGACGCAGCCCCAAGCCGGGGACUGCUCCUGCCGCCUCCUCCCCGGGAGCUGCAGCCGCCGCCGAGCCGCCUGGCUCCCUCGGUGAAGCAGCAGGGCCGCUCCCCGCCCCUCAGCACCCCUCCCCCAUGCGAACCCGCCCCAGCCGGGUCCUCACCCCGCCCUCUUGCCGCUGGAUUUGCGCCCCAGGCGGCCCCCGACUUAGCACCCCGUAGUUGAGUUCCGUUUAUGGUCUGAUUUCCGGCCGCCCGCCUGCUCGCCCGGCCGCCCGCCUGUCCCGCUCCCUCCCUCCCGGGGACCCGGAGGAGAGGGGACCAUGCCGGAGCCGGGACCGGAUGCCCCGGGCACUGCUAGCGCGCAGCCCCCGCCGCCGCCCCCGCCUCCCGCGCCCAAGGAGUCCCCGUUCUCCAUCAAGAACCUGCUCAACGGAGAUCACCACCGGCCUCCCCCUAAGCCGCAGCCGACCCCACGGACGCUCUUCGCUCCGGCCUCAGCCGCAGCCGCCGCCGCUGCCGCUGCCGCUGCGGCCAAAGGGGCCCUGGAGGGCGCCGCGGGCUUCGCGCUCUCGCAGGUGGGCGACCUGGCUUUCCCCCGCUUUGAGAUCCCGGCGCAGAGGUUUGCCCUGCCCGCGCACUACCUGGAGCGCUCCCCGGCCUGGUGGUACCCCUACACCCUGACCCCUGCCAGCGGCCACCUCCCGCGACCUGAAGCCUCUGAGAAGGCCCUCCUGCGAGACUCCUCCCCCGCCUCUGGCACAGACCGCGACUCCCCCGAGCCACUGCUCAAGGCCGACCCCGACCACAAGGAGCUGGACUCCAAGAGCCCGGACGAGAUCAUUCUGGAGGAGAGCGACUCGGAAGAAGGCAAGAAGGAGGGCGAGGCGCCGCCCGGCGCGGCUGGGACGAGCCUAGGGGCUUCGGCGGCGACGCCGGGCGCCGAGGACUGGAAGAAGGGCGCUGAAAGCCCGGAGAAGAAGCCCGCGUGCCGCAAGAAGAAGACGCGCACGGUCUUCUCGCGCAGCCAGGUCUUUCAGCUCGAGUCCACCUUCGACAUGAAGCGCUACCUAAGCAGCUCAGAGCGCGCUGGUCUGGCCGCGUCGCUGCAUCUCACCGAAACGCAGGUCAAGAUCUGGUUCCAGAACCGCCGCAACAAGUGGAAGCGGCAGCUGGCGGCUGAGCUCGAGGCGGCCAACCUAAGCCACGCGGCGGCGCAGCGCAUCGUGCGGGUGCCCAUCCUCUACCACGAGAACUCGGCGGCCGAGGGCGCGGCGGCGGCGGCCGCGGGGGCCCCGGUGCCUGUCAGCCAGCCUCUGCUCACCUUUCCGCACCCCGUCUACUACUCGCACCCAGUGGUCUCGUCUGUGCCGCUGCUACGGCCCGUCUGAGGCCCGAGAGGGGAGGAGGGAGCGCCCGGCCCCCUUCCCAGACCCUGAAGGAGACUGGGCCGGGCCGAGGGCGCCGAGACGUCCAGCGGCCUUCGGGAACCAGGGCUUUGGCGCGCUGCCCCGGCCUCCCCUCUCCCAAUCGGUAGCGUUUUGUAAGUAUUUGCAAUGCAUUUUCGUGCAAUUCACCCCUAAUGGAUUUGAGGCGCUUCCCCUCUUACUUUUGGUUUUGGUAUAUAUUAAGAGAGAGCAGAAAAA